AUGGCCGAUUCAUCACCAUGCGUGACAUCGGGCAAUAGUUUCUUCACCAUUCUCGAACAUGACUGCCGCCAGUACUUCGAAUUCACCUUCAUCUUUGACCGGUCCGUCCUGGCCAUCCUGCCGUCGCCGCUUUUCAUCCUGCUCGCUCUUUCGCGCUCCGUGUUCAUCUGGAAGAGGCCCAUGCUGCUGCGCCGCCGUCUCGAUCUUCUCUUCUGCUGCAAGAUGUUCGCCUUGCUCGCCCUUGCCGGCAUCCAGGUGGCCAUCGUCGUCCGGUACGCUUCGGACGACAUGGCCUCCAAGCCUUCGCUCGCCGUCCCUGCCCUCUCGCUGGCCACCACCGUGCCCGCCGCUCUGCUAUCCUUCCUCGAGCAUUACCGCUCCAUCCGUCCUUCGACCCUGCUCUGCCUCUACCUUGCCCUUGCCACCGUGUAUGACGUCGAGCAGACUCGUAUCCUGUGGAUGAGCUCGUACGCAUCCUGGCUCAUGCUGGCCACCGUUACCGCCAGAGUCGCCGUUCGAUUUUGCCUCCUGCUGCUGGAAUCGGUGGAGAAAAGGUCACUUCUCCAGCCCGACUAUGCUGCCUGUUCGCCCGAGGCACUUGGUGGCAUAUUCAAUCGCAGCGUCUGUUGGUGGCUGAACAAGCUCCUCCUCCGGGAUUCGGCAACCGCCCUUGGUCGAGGGGACUUGAUGCCGCUCGAUCCGCUGCUGCUGCCGAGCCCAACCAGGACAAGAGCCUUCGAAACUGCAUGGGCCGGUAGAAGGAAAGGCGGCAAGCACGCGCUGUUGAAGACGACGGUCACCUUCUUCGCUACCAAGUAUCUGCCCGUCAUCCUUCCGAGGAUCCUUCUCGUCUGCCUCAACGUUGCCCAGCCCCUUCUCAUCUAUCGAGCCCUCGAGCUUCUCGCCAAGCCCGACGGUGGAGCAGGCCAGAGCCCCGGCCAUGGCCUCAUCGCCGCCACCAUCUUGAUCUACUUGGGCGCCGCCCUCGCCACCGGCCUCUACAAGGGGCAGACCUACCGCUGCGUCGCCAUGGUUCGGUCGGCACUCGUCACCAUGCUCCAUGACACGACACUCGAGAUCCGCUCUUCCGUUGACGCAGACAAGAGAGCUCUCACGCUCAUGAGUACAGACGUCGAUCUGAUUGCCUCGGGGCUAGAGAACCUCGACGUGCUCUGGGCCACACCCAUCGAGAUGGCAGUGGUCACCUAUCUUCUUGUCGACAAGAUCGGCCUUGCCGCCGUCGCACCCGUUGUCGUCGCACUCGCGUUUACUGCGUCCGCUUUUGCCUUGUCCAGGUUGGCCCCGAAGCACCAGGUGACGUGGUUGGCAGCCGUGCAAGCGAGAGUGGCCGCCACGGCUUCCAUGCUGAGCAGCAUGAAGGGAAUCCGCAUGUCUGGUCUCGCCGCCAUACACGCCUCGAUCAUUCAUGGCGCCCGUGCCACCGAGCUCGGCGAAUCAUUGCCCUUUCGAAGGAUAGUCGUCGUAACCAACGUCUUCUGCACGGCUGCUCGCUCUCUCGCCCCGGUAGGUGCCUUCGUCGCCCACUCGCUCCUGCGGAAUACGCCAUUCGCAAAGGCCGUCGACGCCGCCACCCUCUUCUCUUCGCUCGCGCUUGUUAUGCUCGUUGUCCAGCCGCUCAUGCACCUGACGCUCGCUCUACCCGCGCUGCUCGGCUCCGUAGCCUGCUUCCGUCGCAUCGAGACGUUUCUGCUAUCCUGCGGCAAGUCGGGUGGAAACGAGCCAGUGUCUCGGCCACCUGGUUCGCAUGUCAAGCCGGUCUUGUGCGAGGAACGGCGCUCUUCGAAAGAUCUCAUAUCGCUUCGAGAUGCCACAUUCAGCUUUGACGACGAGUCCGAUGCCGUUCUGCGUCAUCUCUCCGUUUCCAUCCCUCACGCCACACUGACCAUGGUCACCGGGCCCGUUGGUUGCGGAAAGAGCGCACUCCUUCUCGCCCUGCUCGGCGAAAUUCCAUUGACUCAUGGCGCACUGGAUCGCCUUCCGUGCCUGAGAAGCAGCUAUUGUGCCCAGGAAGCCUGGCUACCGAACAUGCCCAUUCGACAGAUCAUCCUUGGCCCUGCAGAGUUCGCCGAUGGCUGGUAUGCUCAGGUCAUCCACGCCUGCGCGCUCGAGCAAGAUCUGGCUACCUUCGCCGAUGGGGACCAGACUGAGGUUGGCACGGGCGGCAUCAUGUUAAGCCACGGCCAGAAGCAGCGCGUUGCACUGGCCAGGGCCCUCUACGCAAGACCCCAGUUGAUACUCCUCGACGACAUCAUGAGCGCUCUCGACGCCACCACAGAGCAGGCCGUUGUCCAACGUGUCUUGGGCGCCGAUGGUCUCUGUCGUUACUAUGACAUGUCUGUUUUGCUUGUCACCCACAAGACCCACUUUAUGCAUCUGAUGGAUCAGAUAUGGACUCUGCAAGAGGAUGGGAGACUCUCCGAUACGACGCAGUCGCCUGCCCUGGUGAGCGCGAGUGGCCAUGGGGUCGUAUCGACACUUGCAGCAGUCCCGGAGAACGACGAUAGGGCCGAGGAGUCGCUUGCCGAACCUGUCACCACUGCGCAGCCUGAUGAAGCGGACCCUUCACGCGAGCAAGGAAAUCUCGGCCUCAGCUUCUACUAUCUCAAAAUGAUGGGCUACAAACGAGUCACCUCGGUCGUGAUCUCGGCCAUCGCUUUUGCCUUCCUGUUCACCUCCCCCAACGUCUGGCUGGCGUGGUGGUGCAACUCGGAAUCAGAGCAUCUAGGUGAACGAGAGGGUCUGUUUCUCGGCGUCUAUGCCGCUUUAGCCGUCGCCGUCAUCAUCUUCCAUGCGUUGCAGUUGUGGACCAGUCUUGUCAAGGCAGUGCCGGUGGCAUCCAGCAAGUUGCACCAAGUCCUGCUGGAUAAGGUCAUGGCCGCCCCCCUAUCGUUCUUCGUGGACACGAACAAUGGCGUGACAUUGAAUCGCCUCAGCCAGGAUAUGUCCUUGGUCGAUUCAGAGGUGCCGGCCGCCAUGGUCCAAGCCUUGGACAGUGCUCUCUUGGUCAUCGCGACGGCCAUUGUAAUAGCCGUCUCGUCCAAAUACACGGCCAUCUCCUUCCCCCUACUUCUUGCCAUCACCUACAUGCUGCAGAAUCGGCACUUUACACACACUUCCUCGAGACCCUGCAAGGGUGUCGCCACCGUCCGCGCUUUCGGCUGGCAAAGUUACUUUGGAGAGCGGAAUCGCCGAUUCCUCUCCGAAGCCCAAAAGCCUUAUUACCUCCUGUUCAGCAUCCAAGUAUGGCUGAAUGUGAUGCUGGAUCUGCUUGUCGCCGUCACCAUGAUACUUACCGUGUCACUUGCCAUGGGGUUACGAAGCGCUUUCACCGCAGGUUCCCUCGGCCUCGCCCUAAUGUACAUUCCGUCCAUGGGCAGAACGCUAUCAUACGUCAUUCAAUCCAGAGACUUGAUGGAGACCUCCGAGGAUGCCUUGAAAAGACUGAAAGCCUUCAUCGCCGAGACUCCAACCGAACAUCUGCCCGGAGAGGACGGUGUCGUCGAAGUGGGAUGGCCGUCGCAAGGGCACCUGACCUUGAACGGCCUUACCGUGAAGUACAGCACUGAGACCCCGCCUGUUUUGCGGGACGUUUGCCUGGUGGCCGCGCCGGGCAUGAAAAUCGGUGUCUGUGGUCGUCCUGGAAGCGGGAAAAGCUCCUUGAUACCGAGCAUUCUGCGGAUGAACGACAUUGAUGCCGGAUCCAUCAUCAUCGACGACCGAGACCUGAGCUCUCUUCCUCGAGACGCAAUCCGACGUAGUAUUGCCGUCCUGCCGCAAGAACCGAUACUCUUGGAUGGAUCUUUGCGACUUAACCUGGACCCCUUCGGCGAACGUUCCGAUGAAGAGAUCAAUUCAGCGCUCGCCGACGUUGACCUGGGACAUCUUUGCCAGGCGCCUGGGGCACUGGACGCGGCACUGGAAGCGACAAAGCUCUCGCUCGGUCAAAAGCAGCUUCUGUGCAUUGCGCGUGCCUUGAUAAGUCGGUCGAAGUUCCUGAUGUUAGAUGAGGCAACGUCGUCGGUUGACGAAGAAACGGAGGGCAAGAUUAUGCAACUGGUUCAUGACAAAUGCUGCGGCCGCACCGUCAUUGCCGUUGCCCGCAGACUUCGCACACUUAUGGAGUUUGACCUCAUCCUGGUCAUGGAGCAAGGACAGGUCGUCGAACAGGGUAGUCCAAGUGAGCUGCUCGCACGAGGGCAUGGGCGAUGGAGAGAACUAUGGGAUGAUCAACAGUAG